CUAGUGAGCAAAACCCAACAUGUCAGGGUGGGAAUCCUACUACAAAACGGAGGGGGAGGAAGAGGAGGAGGAAGAGGAGAGCCCUGAUGCAAGUGGAGAAUAUAAAUAUUCAGGAAGAGAUAGUUUGAUUUUUCUGGUGGAUGCCUCCAGGGCCAUGUUUGAAUCUCAGGGUGAAGAUGAAAUCACUCCUUUUGAUAUGAGCAUCCAGUGUAUUCAGAGUGUGUACACCAGUAAGAUCAUAAGCAGUGACCGAGAUCUCUUGGCAGUGGUGUUCUAUGGUACCAAGAAAGACAGAAAUUCAGUGAAUUUCAAAAAUAUUUAUGUCUUACAAGAUUUGGAUAAUCCAGGUGCUAAGCGCAUGCUAGAGCUUGACCAGUUUAAGGGAGAGCAGGGGAAAAACCAUUUCCAAGACGUAAUUGGCCAUGGAUCUGACUACUCAUUGAGUGAAGUGCUGUGGGUCUGCGCCAACCUCUUCAGUGAUGUCCAAUUCAAGAUGAGUCAUAAAAGGAUUAUGUUGUUCACCAACGAAGAUGACCCCCAUGGCAAUGACAGUGCCAAAGCAAGCCGGGCCAGGACCAAAGCCAGUGACCUCCGUGACACAGGUAUCUUCCUCGACUUGAUGCACCUGAAGAAACGUGGGGGCUUUGACGUAUCCCUGUUCUAUAGAGAUGUCAUCAGCAUGGGUGAAGAUGAAGAUCUUAGGGUUCACUUUGAGGAAUCAAGCAAGCUGGAAGACCUGCUGAGGAAGGUUCGCGCCAAGGAGACCAAAAAGCGAGUCCUGUUCAGGUUAAAGUUUAAGCUCAGUAAAGACAUAGCACUCACUGUGGGCAUUUAUAACCUGGUCCAGAAGGCUUACAAGCCUGCUCCUGUGAGGCUCUACCGAGAGACAAACGAACCAGUGAAAACCAAGACCAGGACAUUUAAUGUGAACACAGGCAGUCUGCUCCUGCCUAGUGAUACCAAGAGGUCUCAGACCUAUGGGAGUCGUCACAUUGUACUAGAGAAAGAGGAAACAGAAGAACUGAAGCGGUUUGAUGAGCCAGGUUUGAUUCUCAUCGGCUUUAAGCCUCUGGCAAUGCUGAAGCGGCACCAGCACCUGAGGCCCUCCCUGUUCGUGUACCCCGAGGAGUCCCUGGUCAACGGGAGCUCGACCUUGUUCAGUGCUCUGCUCACCAAGUGUCUGGAGAAGGGGGUCAUAGCAGUGUGCAGAUACACACCUCGAAAAAACAUCCCCCCGUACUUUGUGGCUUUGAUGCCACAGGAGGAGGAGCUGGAUAAUCAGAACUUUCAGGUGACUCCACCAGGCUUCCAGCUUGUCUUCCUCCCCUAUGCGGAUGAUAAGCGGAAGGUGCCCUUUACCGAGAAAGUGAUGGCCAACCCAGAGCAGAUAGACAAGAUGAAGGCUAUAGUUCAAAAGCUCCGCUUCACAUACAGGAGUGACAGCUUUGAGAACCCGGUGCUGCAGCAGCACUUCAGGAACCUGGAGGCUUUGGCUUUGGAUAUGAUGGAGUCUGAGCAAGUGGUCGAUCUGACAUUGCCCAAGGUUGAAGCAAUAAAGAGGAGACUGGGCUCCCUGGCAGAUGAGUUUAAAGAACUUGUCUACCCACCAGGCUAUAAUCCUGAGGGAAAAGUCACCAAGCGCAGACAAGAUGAUGAAGGUUCUGGAAGCAAAAAGCCCAAGAUGGAGUUAUCUGAAGAGGAGCUGAAGGCCCACAUUGUCCAGGGCACACUAGGCAAGCUCACUGUGCCUGCACUGAAGGAGGUCUGCAAGGCCCGGGGGCUAAAGAGUGGGCCCAAGAAGCAAGACCUGCUGGAUGCUCUCAGCAGACACUUCCAGAAGAACUGACUGGAGGUCACUUGCAGCCACCCUCCCCGUCACGGCCCGGCUGCCUGCAUCAUCACACUCUCAUCCGCCUUCCCUGUUAUGGCCAGGCUGCCUGCAUUACAUUGGCAUCCGCCUGCUUUUGGUCUCACCAAGUAAGCAGGUGUUUCUCCUUACUACAAAGAGCUGCCUGACAGAAAUGCAGAGACUUUACAUUUAUAGGACCUCUUGUUGCCAUGGAGACUGCCCCCCCCACUGUGCCUUACUCUACUGUGUGAAUAAAGAGCUCCAACUUUGUACUA